GGACAUAAACGGCGCAGCCGCGGUUUCCCGCACGGUACCGACGCUGUGUCGCGGCUGUUUGGUGGAAUAGUGGACAGCGGGAGGUGGGAAGUGCAGGGCCGGUUGUAAACACACCGUGAGAGACGUGCGAAGAUGCAGAACUGCGGCGGGUUCCACUCCCAACUCACCUCCAUCAUGGACAUAUUGUGCAAAGCGGCGGUGGCAGAAAUCAGCAAACUCGUGGAGGACAGUUACUGUGCGAUGCGCCUCGAAAUCCACCGCAGUCGCAGCGACAACGAGGGGCUGAAGCGGAGACUGCGCUGGCUGGAGCGCGAGCUCGUGACGGCGCGGGGGGGUGCGCCACGCGGGAGCGAGCCCGGGGAACGCGCCCACGUCCCUGUGUGUGAAGUUGAUGCCGAAGACUUUCCUCCACUGGAGCAGCAACAACCUGAACUGGAAAGCAAGAUGAGGCCUGGAUCUGUGCGAGGUGUAACGCAACACGAGGCCUUUGAGGACACGCUUGAGCCGCAGAGCACCGAGUGCAGUGAUGGAGGGCUUGGUGUCCUACAGUUUGUGGUAAAGCCUGAACAUGACGAAACGCUCCUGGUGCAGAGCCUCAGUCCAUCAGAAUCCGAACAUGAUAGAAGUGGCCUGAAGAGCCUGAGCCUUGAGUAUCCCGGUCAGGAGAGAAGCAAUCAGCUGUGGACGUCUUUUACUCAAGAGGACAGCGAUAUCGACACUGACUACUUGGACUGCUCUCACGCUGCAGAGACAUACAGUCGUCUCUCUGCUCAUACAGAGUCGCAAGCUGUCCCUGCUAGAGUGGAAGGUUCAUUAAACAGUCUGUCUUCAUUAAGGAUGUCGUGCGAUCCCACGUUUAGUACAGUAACUGUCAAAGAGGAAAUGGAAGUGAAUUGUCAAGCAAGUAAAAGCGCAUCCACCAUCGCCCACGCGAAACGGGAGCAGUUUGGAGGAAAAGCCGAGUCCAGGCAGAAGGGAAAUUCGCAAAUGGAAAAACAAAGGCGAACUGACAGAAACGCCCAGAGGUCGAGCAUGGACAUUAUUCAGAAUGAUAACAAAUGUCAUUCUGCAAAGAAGGGAAAGCCACAAAAAGCUGGCUCUGGGAAAAAAUGGUUCAUUUGCACACACUGUGGAAAGAGUUUAGCUUAUUUCAGCUGCUAUAAAGUUCACCUGCGAAGUCAUACAGGGGAGAAACCGUACAGAUGCCUUCAGUGUGGAAAAAGCUUCACUCAGCAAAGUAAUCUUACAAAACACGAGAGCGUUCACAGUGGAAAGAAACCAUUCGGUUGCUCGCAGUGUGGUAAAAGUUUCAGGCACCGCUACAAUCUGACACUACACCAGAGAGUGCAUUCAGGGGAGAAGCCGUUCCACUGUACGCUGUGUGGCAAGAGUUUUGCUCAGUCUUGUCACUUUAAACGGCACCAGCUGUGUCAUGAGGCUGACAAAUCCUACAGCUAAAAAGUGCCCCUAUGCUAAAAGGACAAGUUUUACUACACACAAAAAGCUGUUCCUCUACUCCAUAAUACCUUCAUUAGAAAAUUCAGAUUUGUAAAAUAUAUUUUUUACAUUUUAGAGCUUAAGAAAUAAGACUUGUACGUGAAUAUAUAUUGUUUUGAAUAAAAUAUACUGGUGAAGUAUACAUCAAAACUGCAUCCAGAAUUGGAGGAAAAAAGGUGACAAUCAAAAGAUGACGCAGAUGUAAAUGCGCUAAAAUGAUGUUCGCUUAAACGUCCAUGGUGGGUCGUGUAUUGACAUUUGCAACUGUGUGGGGUUUGCAUUCAGUGUUGUCAUGAGGCCAUGUUCUCUAUUUUGUUACAUAUUUGGUAGCAAAAGUUUGGUGCUCCUGAGAGUCACUAGUGGAGGGAAAAUCUGCAUGUUACACAGGUCAUUUAACAAAUUCACUACUAUAGAGGGAUGCUUGCAGAUCAUAUCUCCGUGACUAUAUUAGCUUAUAUAAAAUGUGAGCAAUAACUGAGUUCGUUGUAUCUUUUACCAUUUUCUGUGUUUUUGCACUUAUCUCAAAAUAACUGAAAUCCAUGGUCAAACGCCUGUUCAUACGCUGUCAGUUGUUCCAGAAUAAGAGAAAGAAAUUAAUAUUUUAGAUAAGAUGUUUUUGUCAUAUUCAUAACAUUCACUAUAAAUGUUUGUAGCAGGCAUUGACUCCGUGUUACUCUGUUACCCAACCUGCAUGUGUGCUGUCUCUUUUUUUCUUUUGAGAAUUCUGAAUAAAU